UAACUGAAAACCUUUUAAGGAGAUGCAAAUAUUCGUCAAAACCCUAACCGGGAAGACUAUCACCCUCGAGGUGGAGAGCAGCGACACCAUCGACAAUGUCAAGGCCAAAAUUCAGGAUAAAGAAGGCAUCCCUCCUGACCAGCAGAGGUUGAUAUUUGCUGGUAAGCAACUGGAAGAUGGCCGAACGCUAGCUGAUUAUAACAUCCAAAAGGAGUCCACUCUUCACCUUGUUUUGAGGCUUAGGGGAGGAACCAUGAUCAAGGUGAAGACUCUCACUGGGAAAGAAAUUGAAAUUGACAUUGAACCAACUGAUACCAUUGAUCGUAUAAAGGAACGGGUUGAAGAGAAAGAAGGAAUUCCUCCAGUUCAGCAAAGGCUUAUAUAUGCUGGGAAGCAACUUGCAGACGACAAGACAGCGAGCGACUACAAUAUUGAGGGUGGCUCUGUGCUGCAUCUUGUGCUUGCACUGAGGGGUGGCUGUCUCUAGAUGGUCCCUCCCGCAAAAUACUAGACAUAACAGAAUCUGCUCCAAUUUUACUUUCGGAUAAAAUCUUAUCUGAUAACAAAUGCAUGG